ACAUUAGAAGUCUCUGGAACCUUCAGGUAUAUAAGAUGACGAUGACCUGAAUUAGUUUCUAAGAGAUUGAAAACUUUGAAUAUAACAACCGUUCCUGCGAUAUUCUGAGAUCCUGCAUACAGUACAACAAUGCCUCCUCCCGGUGUGUGUAUGAGUAUAAUGCAGGAGCGCCACAAGAAAGAGGGUGUUGGGAGUCUUGCCAACCCAGAGAAACACAGCAACCAAGACUUUCAGCAGCUGACGCAGUACUGUUUGGCCAGGGGAGUGAGGUACAUCGAUGAGAUGUUCCCCCCAGACCAUAACUCCAUUGGUGAUGGGCUACUUCCCCCUGAUGACAUGGGCAGAGUGGUUUGGUUGAGACCAGCGAAAAUGGUACAGUAUCCAGAUUUUGUUGUCGAUGGACUUUCAAGGUUUGACUUUGGGCAAGGAUUGGUUGGAGAUUGCUGGUUUCUUGCUUCCAUUGGGGCUUUGACGUUCCAGAAGCACAUCCUGGAACAAGUAGUACCCCUAAACCAAAGCUUUAAAGAGGAUUACUGUGGAAUAUUCCACUUCAGGUUCUGGAGGUUUGGGAGGUGGGUGGACGUUGUGAUCGAUGACAAGCUACCAACAGUUGACGGCAGGCUCAUUUUUGUUCAUUCAAAAACUCCCAAUGAGUUUUGGCCCGCCUUGCUGGAGAAAGCCUAUGCCAAGGUGUGUGGCUCCUACGCAGACAUGAAUUCAGGGACCCUUUCAGAGGCUAUGAUGGACUUCACUGGAGGGGUUCACAUCACAUUCAAGCUCACUGACGCUCCACUAAAUCUGUGGGACCUCCUGUUCAGAGCUGCCAAGUCAAAAUCGCUGAUUGGGUGUGGCACACCUCAAGGGGAAACAUCAGCAAACACGGUGGCACCCAACGGAUUAGUGAGGGGUCAUGCUUACACCGUCACAGGGGUCAAACAGAUCAUGAGCCAAGGCUUGCUAGUGAAUUUGAUCCGUCUCUUCAACCCCUGGGGCCAGGGAGAGUGGAAAGGAGACUGGAGUGAUAAGUCUUCCAUGUGGCAAACAGUGAGUCCUGACGAUCGGAAGAUGUGUCUGUCAGUGGAAGAGGAUGGGGAAUUCUGGAUGACAAUGAAACAUUUCUGUGAGCACUUCGUAGACGUGGACAUCUGCUGUCUGUGCCCUGAUUUUCUUGAUGGCAACUCCACUUGUCAUUGGACCCCCUCAUUCCAUGAUGGCAGAUGGGUUGCAGGAACCACUGCUGGUGGUUGCAUGAACUUCCCACACAGCUUCUGGAUAAAUCCCCAGUAUCGGGUGAAGAUUGGGGGAUUGAGCAGUGUCUGCUCUGAGACACAGGGCGACAACAACAUGUUGGUGUCUCUGAUGCAGAAGCCUGACAAGAGAAACAGACGCCUGGUCAAAAGUCUCCACAUCGGGUUCUCCAUCUUUGAGGUCCAGUGCCCUUCUUUGUUCAAAGGACAGAGUGGGAAGUUUCCUGCCUCCUUCUUCAACAACAAUGUGCCUGUCGCCCAAUCGAAGAACUACCUGAAUGCUCGGGAAGUGAUGGAGUUCUUCAGGCUGAAACCUGGUGAAUACCUGAUCGUGCCAUCAACCUUCAAACCAAAUGAAACUGCCUCCUUCAUCCUGUCCAUCCUCUCCAAGGCAGAGACCCACAUCCAUGAAAACUCCAAUGACCAAGACAUGGAGGAUAUCCUGUUUUCCCCGAAAACGCCAAAGCCCACAUCUACAGACAAAUUUGAUUACAACGGAGGAGAUGUGGAUGACAAAAGAACUCUGUUUCAGAAGUAUUCUGAUGAGUUUGAGGAGGUGAAUGCUGAACAGCUUCAGAGCUGUCUGAAUGAAAAUCUCAUCCAAGGAAAUGCAAAGACAACACAAGGCUUCAGCUUGGAGUCCUGUCGCAGCAUGUUGGCCUUAAUGGAUACAUCAAUCACUGGAAAACUGAACGUUGCAGAAUUUCUACGUCUAUGGAGAAAAGUUACCGUGUACAAGGACAUCUUCUUCCGCACAGAUGUAGACCGUUCUGGAAUGUUGUCAUUGAGUGAACUGAGGAACGCAAUCAUGGCUUCAGGGAUCAGGGUGGGUGAUGACAUGUUAAACCUGAUGGCUCUGCGCUACGGUGGAUGUUCUGGAAUCAUCAGCCUGGAGACUUUCAUCAGCCUCGUCCUACGCAUGGACUGCAUGGCCAAAAUAUUCAGACAACUCAAUGAUGGAGGGGUCAUAUCUCUUCAAGAGAAUGAGUGGAUGUACAUCUCUAUGUAUACGUAAACCGAGGACCAAAUAGGACGGACAGAAGACUGCAGUUGGAAUCGUGAGAUUUGGAAGAGGGGGAGGGGGGGGGGGAAGCGUGCUGAGGUGAUGCUUUGCUGGACAAACCAUUCCUUUGCACUGCAGCAGUUUCAGGGGGAUUUGUUGCACUUUGAGAUGUGAUGCUCCUGCAGUUCAAAGAGAACAGUCAAAAGAUUGGGUGCUUAGCAAGUGACUGUACUCUUCAAAAGAUUGGGUGCUUAGCAAGUGACUGUACUCUUCAAAAGAUUGGGUGCUUAGCAAGUGACUGUACUCUUCAAAAGAUUGGGUGCUUAGCAAGUGACUGUACUCUUCAAAAGAUGGGGUGCUUAGCAAGUGACUGUACUCUUUAAAAGAUUGGGUGCUUAGCAAGUGACUGUACUCUUCAAAAGAUUGGGUGCUUAGCAAGUGACUGUACUCUUCAAAAGAUUGGGUGCUUAGCAAGUGACUGUACUCUUCAAAAGAUUGGGUGCUUAGCAAGUGACUGUACUCUUGAAAUUGAUGGGUUCAUAGGCUAUAAAACAUAAUGGGUUACAUUCUGGUACAUUAUAUUUUAUAUCUGUUAAUGUGGUAGUUUGUGUUUCUGGGUAUAUACUGUAAGGGUUAGUAAGGUCCUAACUGUAGUAUGAGUAGGGCAGUGGUGUCCAUCUCUAAUAGUUCUGGAGAGCUACUUAAAAAAUAAAACAUUUCAAAUGUAACCUUUUAUUUAACUAGGCAAGUCAGUUAAAGAACAAAUUCUUAUUUACAAUGACAGCCAACACCGGCCAAACCCGGAGGACGCUGGGUCAAUUGAGCGCCGCACUUUUGGACUCCCAAUCAGAGCCGGUUGUGAUACAGCCUGGAUUCGAACCAGGGUGUCUGUAGUGCCUUAAACUACUGCGCCACUCGGGAGCCCACUUGGGAGCCCACUACUGUAGGUGUUCCGUCUUUUGGUCCAGCCCUGCACUAACACAACUGAUUAGACUGACGAUGGUCCAGACUGGGGAUCACCUGGAAACAGGUGUGUUAGUGCAACAAAAUACAACAUAGAAUAACUAGACUAUUAACUAUUCAAAACUCAAAACUUUUUGUCUAUACUAGCAACUAACAUCCAUUCGAUUUUAUAAUUGCCUAGUAGUGUAUUCUCUGCAUAUUUAGAUUGUCUACUACCUUUCAUUAUCCAUGUAACCGUGGUGAUAUAUCGGUUGUUGGGUUUUAUAUUCGUUUUUUUUUGUUAAAUAGAAAUGCAGUCAAACACAACUUCUCCUAUGAUGGUUUGAAGCAAUGUUCUAUUGUCUACACAAGUAUUGGAUUAGUAAUGUGAAUAAAAACUAAAGGGGGGGGACUCGUUGUUCCACUCUUUAUAACACCUUCA